AUGGGAAACAACACCAACAAAACGAGGAACCGAGGAGGAGCCGCCACCACCACGAAUGGGACGAGCAGGAGUAAGAAGCGCGGCGGUGAUGAAAACAACAACAAUUCUGAAGCGACGAGAAGUUCGAUGCUGAAAUACUGCGUGGAAAUGAUGACGACGACGACGAAGAACGAUGGUGGUGAGAAUGGAUUUGGAGAAGAAGAAGAAUUAGUUGCGAGGACGAGAAACGCGUUACACGUGAUGGCUCGAUCGAAUCUGUUGUCGUUGGCGAGCGAGAUGGAGGGCGGGAUUUUUUUGACGGAGAUGGAGCGCAUUUUGGCGUUCGGUAACACGAGCUGGACUGAGGAGAGGUGUGGAUUUCGAGAAGUUUACGAAGCGGUUCGAGGCGUGGCGGUGAUUCAGUUUGUGGCGGAGAACGCGUCGACGGAGCGGUUCGCGAAGUUUUUCACGAACGCGUUGCAGGAUCUAGACGGUUCGCUCAAGGCGUUGGUGAAAUGCAUAGUCGAAGACGAGGCGAAAGUGCAGUUGACAGGGAUAGUGCAGUUGACAUUAGCCAUAGUGAAGUGCGUAGAAAGCAUAGCGAAACGGUCCGGGGCUUUAUCUGAAUACAUGCCCGGGGUGAAACACGAAGCAUCGCAAUGUUUCGGAAAGAUUUUGCGAACUCUUCUCGGAUUAUUAAAAGUCAACCAAAUGAAAACAACUUACGAAACUUUGGAAAUGGCCGCGUUAAAGUGUAUCGAUGCGAUUUGUGCGGCGCAUCCUGGAUCGGCGAAGCAACACGUAUUGAGUUUGCAAAGUACAAUUAAAAUGUACGUGGGAGGCGGGAGUUAUAAAAGAAGCCACACGUUUCCCGCGGUCGCUGCGAGAUGCUUCGCGUCCGUGUUGAGAGCAUCGGGUGGCACCAAAGAGUUGGCCCGAAUUUGGCAAUCGACCAUGCGCGCUGCUUUAGUCGAAGCGCACCAUUUCGCGAAAAUGGCGUUCGAUGGUUUUGAAAAGUUGGAAGUGGCUGAAAAAGGAUUAAAAAUGCUCACGCCGGUUGGAUACGAUCUUCCCGCCAAAUUUCUCGCGAACGAGAACAUACAAGACGCGUCGAGGGAAGGCGCGCACGAUAACUUGGACAACGUACUACUCGUGUGUGAGGAAAUGUUGAAUUUGAAAGAGUUUCCAGUAUUCGUGAGCGUGCCUAUUCAAUCAAUCUGCGAGCUCGCGAAACGAGUUUUGAAGUGCAACGGAACGCCAAUUUCUCAAUCGCCGGGGCUUCCUCCAGGUGUAUCGUCGCCACGUUUGAGUGCAAAACUUCCAUGCACGCACGAAAAGGCUUUGAUGUUGUUAAAUGCGACGAUUUCAGCUACGAAAAUAACGUUUGCGCCGACGUGUGGUUUCGCGUGUACGAUGUUGGACGAUUGCUUGCGAAACACCGCGGCAAACGAUCGCACCGGGGAAGUCACGAACGCAUCCGUUCGAUGCGCGGCGUACGACGUAUCCAUAAAUCUAGCGAACACUUUAGGUGCGGGUGCGGUGAAAAGCUUCAUAUGUGAUUCAAUAGCGUUACACGCCAUUGAGGAUGCGGCGGCGACGUUCACGAACGUGUCGUUCAUCCGAGCAUCGUCCGCGAGACAGCACCAAUCGCAACAACAAAGAAAGAGGAAGAAACACGGCGCGCACGGCGUUGAAACCGAACAAGAUCCCGAGAUAAUUCGCGAAAUUGCCGCAAGAGUAGAUAACGACAUUCUCUUAGCCGGCGGUAUGACCGCAUCAAAUCGCGUUUUGACUUCAACCGCGGCGCUAAAAUGUUUAGCAGCGUUUUUGCGCGUCGGAGGCGCUUCGAUUUCUGGAAGCGCGAGACGUGCCAUCGACGAGGUCGUUGCCGCUGCGUACGAAUCAAGCGUUAUCGAACCUUUCAAUUUGUAUCGCGACGAAACGUGCAAGAGAAUGUUGGAAGAUUUAAAGGCUGCAAAAACGGAGGCGUUGUUGGCCUCAACGCUUGCGCCGACAUCGCAUCGACCGAGGAACAGCGCGUUGACGUUUGCCUCGUUCGCAAAUACAUGCGACGUAGCCUCCGUACACGCGCGCGUUGCUUUGGAGAGUUUGUUGCAUCCGAGCGCGCCGCCUUUAUUGGAGCGCGCGAGUAAUUCGCUGAAAAAUGCGACGAGAGAAGAAAAAGUAAAGUGGUCGUUGACUGAUAAAAAUAGCACCGAGCACGCAUUAGACGGAUCGAAACCGACUUGGGGGGACGACGGUGAGGAAGAAGAGGAGGAAGAAGAAGAAGAAGAAGAAGAAGAAGAAGAAGAAAACAAAGAAGAAGAGCCAGUGGCGAUGGAUGACGACGAUGAAGAGCAAGAACUAGAAGUUGAAGACACCGUCGUCCAGAAGCCUAUGCUACCUCCUCGAGAAGGAGAAAAAGAGGAAGUUGAAACAAAAAGGGUUCGGCCUUCCGGCGCCGCCGGCGCCGUUCAAGAAGACGACGAGUUUGGCGCGUUUGGCGUGCCGGUGAAUUCUAGUAAACUUCGAACCUCUGACGACGCGUGGAUUCCAUCGAAAGCGCCUCGGAUGGAAGACGCAGAACAAGAAGACGAACAACAACCGAAGAAGAAGAAAAAGUUUGGCAAGUCCUCCGCUUCGGCGGCACAAAAGCGAGCCGCCGCGGCGAAAGAAACAGAAGAUGACUCCGAUUCUGACGGCGCGCUCCCCGACAUCGUCUUUGGCGAUGACGACGACGACGAAGAAGAAGAAGACGAGCCGCCGGCAUCAAGGAAGAAACCGAAAAAAGGAAAACGCUAA